GACUCGUGAUUGACCCACCAGCCCUACAUAUCACACGCGCCACUUCUGAUGCUGAAGUGACGGUUACAUGAUCCUGUCACCCCUGGGGAGAGGAUGACUGUCCUGAACUGACCGUUCAACAGACGAGUGGUGAUCGGCCGCUGCAAUCCCGGUCACUUCCAGACCAAGCCAACAGCCGCUGGAAGACUCUCAGGUUUACUCCAGAGCAGAAGCUGGGAUGGCUAGGCUUCCGGUGUACCGGUGGCUCUACGUACCAGGAACGCACAGCGUUUUACAUUACAGGAAUGUCCCCAAGUGUGACCGGAUUCAGCACCAUACCCAGCAGUACUAACGCGGGGUCUAUCGAGUUGAACGCGGGAACAGACGUGACGUUUGUGUGUGAGACUGCCGGAGACCCGCUCCCACAGACCAGCGAUGUCGCCCUCACGUUUAGUGGCCGAAAUCCAGGUCUGCCAACACAGAUGCCUACUGCUGGCGGAAACACAAUUCAUAGCAGAUUGCUACGCAACGUUUCCGUAACUGAUGCGGGACAGUACGGCUGUAUGGUCAGUACAGUAGCGGGGCAGGACAACAGGAUGGUGACAGUAGAUGUAAAAGUACCACCGACCACAACAGUUCCCCCUCCCGUCCGUGCGACGAGCACAACAGAACUGGCUGUGGACAUCCAACUCAGCAAACUCGCUUGGACGGGAAAUGGGGAGAUCAUCGCUAAGGACAUUCAGUACAAACUGUCCAAUGGGUCGUCGUGGGAAACCUUGUCGAAUAACGAGGAGGGAGAGGUUAGGAUAAGGAACCUGUCGCCCAACACGACCUACAACGUACGGCUGGUUCUGAGUCGACCGGGGGAGGGAGGGAGAGGGAGACCUGGGCCUAUCGCAACUGUAUCAACACCAGAAACCGUGGCAGGCGACGAAAGCAACGGCCUCCCCGCCAUGUCCGUGAGAAUAUUUCAGAUGUGGAAGGGUUUUCUGAUACACCGCUCGUUUCAGACCAAACCAGCUUGA